GGCGACGAAGCCACAUCCAAGGUCAAGAAGGGAGAGCGAGAGAGCUUGUGUGUGGCCGCGCAUUGAUUAUCUGGCCUCGACACUCCCGAACACUCCAGGCAAUUGCUCGUCGACACGCACGAAGCUUCUGCUUUGACAGAGGCCGGCUCUCGCUUCUCUUUCUGUUCGCACGCAUCCCUCUCUUCCUGAGCAAGUCUUGCGUCUCGUCCCCUGCGUGAUCCCCCAUUCUCGAGCACUCUGCGACGCUCGAAAAUUCCCAAGCGUCAUCCCGCCUUUUUCUGCGCCUAGAUCCGCAGCUCGACACCCCUCCCCGAUUCCAACGUAGCGUAACGGCUCGGUAGAGCUUCGAAACGAGCAGAGGCAAAAAGGCUGCAGAGAACAAAGGGCCAAACAUGGAUCUUGACAGCUUGAAGGAACAGUGGUCCAAUAUCGAGGAUACCGAUGGCUACCGUCUCUCGUGGAACACCUUUCCAAGCUCGAGGAUGGAGGCCAGCCGCCUUGUCGUCCCCAUUGGAUGUCUGUACACGCCGCUCAAGGACCUGGGCGAGAAGCCCAUCCUUCAAUACGAACCUGUUGCCUGUAAGACCUGCAGGGGUGUCAUGAACCCGUAUGCUCAGGUUGACAUGCGCGCUCGUCUUUGGAUCUGUCCGUUCUGUCUGCAAAGAAAUGGUCUGCCACCGCAUUACAAAGAUAUCAGCGCUGAAAGUGUGCCACCGGAGUUGCAUCCAUCCAACACUACAAUCGAGUACAGACUCGCUCGACCCGCUCCCGCACCACCAAUCUUUCUCUUUGUAGUCGAUACAUGCCAGGAGCAGGAAAGUUUGCAAGCCCUCAAAGACUCGAUCAUCACGGCCUUGGCCAUUCUUCCGGCCCACGCCCUCGUCGGACUGAUCAGUUAUGGCACAAACGUCGCUGUGCACGAGAUUGGGUACACGGAAUGCUCGAAGAGCUACAUCUUUCGUGGCUCCAAGGACUACCAACCAAAGCAAAUUUCCGAGAUGCUAGGACUCAGUUCGCCUGGCCUGAGGCCUGGUAUGCCACAAAUACAGCCUGGACGUCCUCCAAUGGGUGCCGCGGCUCGCUUCCUGUUGCCUGUCCAAACUGCAGAGUACGCAUUGACCUCGACUCUGGAGCAGCUGCCAAAGGAUCCUUGGCCUGUCGCCAGCGAUAAGCGAGCCCUCCGUAGCACUGGCGUUGCCCUCUCUGUCGCCAUCGGGCUUCUGGAGACGAGCUUCCAGAAUGCAGGAGCGCGCAUCAUGCUUUUCACUGGCGGACCGUGCACUGAAGGUCCUGGCAUGGUCGUCGGGCCUGAGCUACGUGAGCCUCUGCGAAGCCAUCAUGAUAUGGAACGCGAUCAGGCGAAAUACUACAAGAAGGCACUUAAGUUCUACGACGCCCUGGCGAAAAGAGCUGCACAUAAUGGCCACACGGUCGAUAUUUUCGCUGGGUGUCUCGAUCAGGUUGGCCUGCUAGAGAUGAGGUCACUAGCGAAUGCCACCGGCGGUCAUAUAGUUCUCACCGACAGCUUUACAUCGUCCAUGUACCGUCAGUCCUUCAUCCGAGUCUUCGACAAGGACGAAAACGACAACUUGUUGAUGGGCUUCAACGCUAGUGUUGAGGUCCUCACAACUAAGGAACUCAAGAUCACGGGCCUGAUCGGUCACGCGAUCUCACUGAACAAGAAGAGUGCCUCCGUCAGUGAAACCGAGUGUGGAAUCGGCAAUACAUGCAGCUGGAAGAUGGCCUCGAUAGACCCAGGCGCCACAUACGCCAUCUUCUUCGAGAUAGGCGGACAGACCGGAGCGCCCCCGAUGGCUGGAGGCCAACAGCGCGCCGUGUUCCAGAUUCUCACCUACUAUCAAAACGCUGGCGGGCAAUACCACCUUCGUGUGACGACAGUUGCGCGGCCUCUCUCUGGACCGUCUGGUGAUCCUGCUAUUGCACAGUCCUUUGACCAGGAAGCUGCAGCUGUACUAAUGAGCCGCAUCGCCGUGUUCAAGAGUGAGAUUGAUGACGGCCCAGACGUCCUGCGUUGGGUUGACAGAAUGUUGAUCCGGCUCUGCAGCCGCUUUGCCGAGUAUAGAAAGGACGAUCCAUCCAGCUUCAGGCUUGAGCGUAACUUCACUUUGUAUCCCCAGUUCAUGUUCCAUCUCCGUCGCUCACAGUUCUUGCAAGUGUUCAACAACAGUCCUGACGAGACAGCCUUCUACAGACAUGUGCUCAACCACGAGGACUGCAGCAACAGCUUGAUCAUGAUCCAGCCCACGCUCGACGCAUACAAGAUCGACCAGGAGGAAGCGGAGGCGGUUCUUCUCGACAGCACGUCCAUCCAGCCCGACACUAUCCUCCUGCUUGACACAUACUUCCACAUCCUUAUAUUUCACGGUGAGACCAUCGCCGCAUGGCGCAAGGAGGGCUACCAGGAUCAGCCAGAUUACGCCAACUUUGCAGAGCUGCUCAGCAAGCCAAAGGAAGACGCCAAGCUCCUCAUCCAGGAUCGGUUCCCGCUACCGCGUUUCAUCGUCACGGACGCGGGAGGUUCGCAGGCUCGUUUCUUACUCAGCAAGCUGAACCCGAGCACAACGCAUACGACUGGUUAUGGAGGGAGCCAGAGCGCUCAAACCAUCUUCACGGAUGAUGUUAGUCUGCAGACGUUUAUGGACCAUUUGAUGAAGCUUGCCGUGUCUGGCACUAGUUAGUCAUUGGUGUGUUUUCACAGGAGAUCGACGACAGGUAUACACGCUCAAUCAAUUCUCCGGCAACAAGUAUCCUUCCGCAUCCAAUCUUGAUGUAAAGACUGGUAGAGAACGAGCUGUCGCUGAUUGCAAACAUGUCGUCGUUUUGAGAAUAAACCCCCCAAAAAAAACAUGCACACUUGUACUAGAUAUUUAGCGAGCAUGGUAAAUGAACACAUUAUAUCAAUCUGGGAUUUGACGUUCUGUCUCGUCAGGUUCCCAAGAGUAGCAGACUGACUUUAUACGAUGAAUGAACAUGAGAAUGGUAUUGGCAAAGAGUCUAUUUCCAGGCCUCCUGGUCACGUUGUUUCGGCGCGCAGUCGCCCCUCAAUAGCACUUUGAAACAGUAGGAUACUUGCUUUCGUGUCGGAGCAUUUGAUUCUCCUAAAGGUGUUUGUGUGCCGUAAGGGGAACGAAGAAGAACAGGCUCCAGGUCAGCGUGCGGAGAGCUGUAAGGAGGGUGGGAAACCAAAAAUAUGAUAUAUAUACAUGUUUGGAGCCACGGUACGGUGAUGAAGGACACCAAUUAGGGG